CCCCUUGGCAACACGUGUGUAACACUGCUAGCUCCAACCGCCCCCACCAGUAGUACCCUGCCCCGCCAACCCCGCCAGUUGCCCCACCACCAUUUAUCGACGCUUUUUUUCACUCAAAAUUGACGCCUGGUGAGAUCCAAUCCGCAACCAACUUUUCCCGCGCCCUCCUUCAGACUACAGAAAAAAUCAUGAAGGUUCUCAUUGUUGGAUCCGGCGGUCGCGAGCAUGCCCUAGCGUGGAAACUUUCGCAAUCCCCGCUGGCGGAUGCCAUUUUCGUUGCUCCAGGAAACGGAGGAACCGCGCACGGAAUCAAGAACGUUUCGAACGUGAACAUCGAUGUCAGCGACUUCCCGAGCCUAGUGAAGUUCGCACAGGAGAAUGAGGUCGGUCUCGUCAUUCCCGGUCCUGAAGUGCCGCUGGUGGAGGGAAUUGAGGGCCACUUCCGGAAAGUCGGUAUCCCGGUCUUCGGACCUUCAAAGGAGGCCGCCCAGAUGGAGGGCUCCAAAGCUUUCUCCAAGGACUUCAUGAAGCGACACAACAUCCCCACCGCCGAGUACCGUAACUUCACCGACUACGAGCAGGCGAAGGCAUAUGUCGAGAGCAUCAGCCACAAUAUUGUUAUCAAGGCCGACGGUCUGGCGGCCGGCAAGGGUGUCAUCAUUCCAACUACAAAGGAGGAGGCCAUUGAGGCGCUGCAGCAGAUCAUGGUUACCAAGGAGUUCGGAGAGGCUGGCAAUGAGGUCGUAAUCGAGGAGUUCCUGGAGGGAGAUGAGCUGAGCAUCCUGACGUUCAGCGACGGAUACAACAUCAAAUCGUUACCUCCUGCGCAGGACCACAAGCGCAUUUUCGACGGUGACCAGGGCCCUAACACUGGUGGUAUGGGAUGUUACGCGCCUACACGUAUUGCGCCUAAGAGUAUCCUCAAAAUUGUUGACGAGACCAUCUUGAAGCCUACGAUUGACGGUCUGCGUCGGGAGGGUAUGCCGUUUAGGGGAAUUCUUUUCACCGGACUGAUGAUGACCAAGGCCGGACCUAAGGUCCUGGAGUACAAUGUCCGGUUUGGUGACCCAGAGACACAGACUGUCCUUCCUCUCAUCAGCGAAUCUACCGAUCUUGUCCAGGUUAUGUUGGCCGCAGCCAACGGUCACCUCGACAGCGUUGAUAUCCAGAUCUCAGACAAGUUCUCUGCCACCGUCGUGGUUGCAGCUGGCGGAUACCCCGGAAGCUACGAGAAGAAGAAGGAGAUUAUACUGUCUCCGGUUGCGGAGGAUACCGUGAUCUUCCAUGCAGGAACGGCAUUGGUGGACGGAAAGCUUGUUAGCGCUGGUGGGCGUGUUAUUGCUGCUUCUGCGACUGCGGAUACCCUAGAGGAGGCGGUCAAGAAGGCCUACAAGGGUGUUGAAGCAAUCAAGUUCCAGGACAUGUUCUUCCGAAAGGACAUUGCUCACAGGGCUUUCAAGCAGAAAGCCGCUCAGGAAGAGCCACUCACCUACGCCUCGGCUGGUGUCUCGGUUGAUGCUGGCAACGCAUUUGUACAGAGAAUCAAGGAUGCAGUCCGAUCCACCAAGCGGCCCGGUGCCGAUGCUGAGAUCGGCGGUUUCGGCGGUAUCUUUGACCUCAAGGCUGCUGGAUACGCGGAUCCUCUUCUGAUCGCUGGAAUCGAUGGAGUUGGAACGAAACUCAAAAUUGCCUGCGCGAUGGGCAAGCACUCGACCGUCGGUAUCGACUUGGUCGCCAUGAGCGUCAACGACCUUCUCGCCCAAGGUGCCGAGUCUCUGCUGUUUUUGGACUACUACGCGACCAGUAAACUUGACAUCAAAGAGGCCGCUGAGUUCGUCGAAGGUGUCGCUGAGGGCUGCCGUCAAGCCGGCUGCGCCUUGAUCGGUGGCGAGACCGCCGAGAUGCCGGACAUGUACCAGCCCGGGGACUACGAUGCUGCCGGUGCCGCCAUCGGCGCCGUCGAGCGCUCGCAGCUUCUUCCCCGCCACGAUGCCAUGAAGACCGGCGACGUCCUCAUCGGUGUCGCCUCCAACGGCGUGCACUCAAACGGCUACUCGCUGAUCCGUAAGAUCGUCGAGCGCCAGGGCUUGCAAUACACUGACUCCGCACCUUGGAACACCUCCUCCACCGUCGGCGACGAACUCCUGGUUCCGACAAGAAUCUACGUCAAGCCCGUCAUCAACCUCGUCAAGAAGAACCUCGUCAAGGGUCUCUCCCACAUCACUGGCGGUGGUCUGACCGACAACAUCCCGCGCAUGCUCCCGGAGUCCCUGGCCGCUGAGGUCGAUGUGAGUGCUUGGGAGAUGCCCGCGCUGUUCAAGUGGUUCAAGAGCGCGGGUGGCCUCUCUGCUAAGGAGUAUGCACGCACUUGGAACACUGGUCUGGGCUUGGUGCUGGUUGUUGCGGCUGAGGACCAAGAGGCCGUGCUUGCUUCCCUUAAGGCAGAUGGUGAGAGGGCGUUUGUAGUCGGAAAGUUGGUGCAGAGGACAGCGGAGGACUGUGUUCUUAACAAGCUGGAAGUUUGGGGUUUGUAAGUUAGUUGCUGCUUUUCCGAUGGGAGAUGGGAUGGGAAUGGAUAUGUACAUGGGGCGUUUACAAAAGUUUCUUUUGCAGUUUGAGAAUUGAUGGAAUUCCAUGGAUCAUUA